GCACACGGUAUCAUCAUCAUCACCAUCACCUACCAACUACCCACGCUGACCAUGUCCUUUCGUCUGGCAUCGUCAUCGGCUUCGGCCGCAGCCUCAACGUCUGUCUCAUCCGCCUCGUCGUCCGCCAUCAGACAGCCUCCCAGCAGACUCCUCUCUGCCUCUGCACGGCUACUACAGGCACCCACUCCACCACCCACCCUGCCCCGCUCUCACUUCCUCGCCAAGACACCCGCACCGCGUACCACCCUCGAGGCCUACCGUCGCUACCCUAACCACCCUCUCAACGCUUUCUUCCAGAUCAAGAAGACGACUCUCCCUAGUGCCGACUCGACCGACGGUACCUCUUCCGCCUCGGCAGGCGAGGAAGUUUCCCUCCCCGUCUCCCUCGUACCAGAAGACAUCGGUAAAGACUCCUCCCGCCGCUCCUGGAUGGCUCCCGAGCUCCGUCGCAAGUCGAGUGUAGAGCUUCAUCAGCUCUGGUACGUCUUGCUGAUGGAGAUGAAUAGGAUGGGGACGAAAUGGGAAGAGAUUAGGAGAAAUGGAGUGAGGGAUCUGGCUUUGCAGAAUGAUACAAAUGUCAGGACGAGGAUGCUCAAGCUCAAGAGCUCCAUGGGCCGCAUCAAGCUCGUACUAAACGAACGUCGCCUCGCCCUCCUCUCUGCUCGCUCAACCCACCACGCCCAACUCGCCCUCGCCGAGCGUCGGGCAGCCGAAGCCGCACUCAAGGCGGCCAUGGACGCAGAGACGGAAGAAAGACACAGACUUGAGGACAUUGCUUUUGAGAAGAUGAGACAGGAAGCGGCAGAUGCUGAGGAGUUUAGUAUGGGUGGAGAGGAGAGUGCGGGUAAGGAGGGGGUGCAGGUUGGGGCUGCGACUCAGAAGGGCAAGUACAAUGAGAGGUGGUAAAGCUGAAUGCAGGAUCAGGAGCAGCUCUCUUUACCGUUUCAUCCUUUGGGCGAGCUCACUACCAAUGCAGAAAACUCAACAAGAGAAUAGUAUUACGCAUGAC